GCAUGGUGACUCAUUCCUGUAAUCUCAGCAUUUCGGGAGGAAGGCUGAGGCAGGAAGAUUGCUUGAGGCCAGGAGUUUAAGACCCCGUCUCUUAAAAAAAAAAUUUUUUUGAGUGUUUCGUUUCUUUUUUUCAUUUCUGUUCUUGUAUUGUUUGAGUGAAAUAGAAAUAUGUUCAAGUCAAUCAUUUGACACAAAGCAAUCCAAUAACUCUAAUAUUAUAUUAUAAUUACUAAGAAGCAAAGGCUCAAUACCUGAAACUGUUCUGAACUUCUUUACUUUUUGUUCUCUUUUUCUUAUUUAACAUUUAAAUCCAGAGAACAUUUUUGCUUAGUGUCUUCUCUAAAGGAAGUAUACCAUUCUUCCUUAACCUGCCCUUGAAUAGUUACUAUAUGUUGACCAUAAACAAUAGAUGGCACUGGCCCAAAACAUGGUUUGAAGAAUUACUGUCACCCAGGUGGAAGAGACAGGAAAUGAAGUUUUUCUUAGCAGCUAUAAAAUAUCCAAAAUUACACCUAGCACAGUCAAAACAACUCUGUUGCUACUAGCUCUACAUUCCAUUUUUAGCAUGUCAUAGAAAUUCAUUUUACUUACAGUUCAUUAGUUAAAUAGCAUUUAUGCCAUAAUAGUACUUACUCUAUAAGUUAACAAUAGAUCUUCAUUAAUUGUGGGUUUCACAUGAAAGAAGCAUAAUAAAAUGUGUUUGGGCGGGCCAGUCUAAAUAGUGAUAAAAAGAUAGUUGUGAAUAAAUUAUUGGACUCUUUACCUAAGUGGGCUGGAAAUUAUAGCUCAUAUAAAGAAAUGGCAACAGUAUGCAAGUGGUAACUUGUAUAAAAGAAAAAAAUAUGGUUAAAUUAGUAGCUUUAAAAUGUUACCCUCUUAAACUGACUACUUUUAAAGCAUAUAAAUCUUUAGCAGUUUCAAGGUCUGUUUGAAAGCUUGUCAUGUUCUCAGAAUGACAAAUACUUAUAUUGUUUAUUUUUAGGUGAGUCAUUCUCAAAUCAUUUAAUUUCCUUUUAACGUUUUCAGAGAUCGCAUUUUUUUUUAAUACACGCUUUUAUUUUGGUUGGGCAGUCAGUUCACUUUCUACAGGGAUACUUUUUAUACAAUGUUGUUUAUUUGAAGAUGGUAUAUAUCUUCAUUUAUACAGCUUUGCACAGUAUACCUUUUAUAAUGAAAUGAAGUAAUGCCUUUAGAUACCUUAUAUAGCACCUGGAUUAUGGUUGAAAAUCAAUAAAUUAUGUAAUUAUUCAUGAAGAAAUAUGUAAUAUAACACAUAUAAAUAGUAUACAAACAUACGUAGGACCCAUGUAUAUGUAAAAUUGGGUACAUAAAGUCAUAAUUUAGUUCUCUGAAAAUCGAAUGAAUUUAAAAUUACUUUUGUAAAUGGCAGAGUUCAUAAUUAAGACUAUUAUUGUCUUUAAAUUCAAGAUUGUUGAAAUAAAAGGGAAAAUAUAUUGAGUCUGAAAGUGAAAUUACUGAUUUUCUUGAGUAUUUGCAAAGCUAAAUGCAACUAGGUUCAAGUUGACAUUAAGAAAACUUUUUUGAUUCAUUGAGGAUUUGAAGUACCAAGUUGUAGGGAUCUUUUCACCUAAAUCUUCUAGUAAAUAAAUGUAAACUGACACUGGUAUGCCCAGUAUUGUGCUGGAUGCUGAGUUAUUCUAAGAAGAGUCCUUGCCUUUGAGUAGCCUAUAAUCUAGUAGUAAAAUUAUUUUUUAACUUGUGUGAUAUUUGUGUUCAUUCUAGGUACUGUAAAAUAGAGUGAAAAUGGUUACUUGAUGUGAUUUGUUGGUUUGGUUUGCAAUUAAUGCCUAAAGCUCAUUCUGUAAUUUUUUUGUGUGAUCAAGUGACUGAAAGGUACAGCAAAAGUAUCCAGGUCUAAAACGCCUUUUUUCUGUAUAUUAUCUGGGCUAAACUUUUCUUCUUUCUCUAUUUUUUUAUUCUUAUUCCUGUCUCAUUCUUAGCAUCAGUUCUAACCUUGCUCUUAUCUCUUAAUUCAUUCCUGAUCUUAAUUCUGAGUGUUCUUAAUUUAGGUCAACAUGGAUUGUCCAACUUUAGAUAAAGAUUAUAAUAAGGAUAAAGAAAAUUUGGAGAAACAGAUGAUACAGGAAGAAUUCCAUAUGUAUCUCCUCUCAAUUCUGAUGAUUUCUGCCACAGUUUCUGACACUAAUGUUUUUAUAAGUAUCUUAGGACAAUUAAAAUGAUGAAAAACCAACAACAAAUUCUAUGCUGGACAUGUGGAUUGGUGAAACUGCUAUUCCUUGUACUCCCAGUGUAGCAAAAGGAAAAUCAAGAGCAAAAAUCAGCUGCACAAAGUUAAAAACACAAAAUCAAGAAGAAGAACUUAUGAAACUGGCUAAACAAUUUGAUAAAAAUAUGGAAGAGCUAGAUGUGAUUCAAGAGCAAGACAAGAGGAAUUAUGAUUUUACCCAGACGAUUUCAGAAACAGAGAUUUUAAGUAAUUAUAAAGAUAAUAUACAGAUGCGGUCAUUACAUAAUAUAGUUCCCGAAAUAGAUGAUGCUACAAAAAAGAAGUCAAUCAAAGGAAACACCAAGAUAUAUGUGGCAAAUAAUCAAAAUAGCAGUCAGAAGCCAUUUGACCAAACUGCUGAAGCAGCCUUUAAUGCUAUUUUUGAUGGUUCUACUCAGAAAUGUAGCGGACAGUUAAGCCAAGAACUGCCAGAGGCUUUUUGGAGCACCAAUAAUACUACCUUUGUAAAGACAAAUGCUUUGAAAGAGGAGAAAAUCAUUACUAAUGAAACUCUGGUCAUUGAAAAACUGUCAAAUAGAACCCCACGAUCACUUUCUUCUCAAGUAGAUACACCCAUAAUGACAAAAUCAUGUGUGACUUCCUGUACUAAGGAGCCAGAAACUUCUAAUAAGUACACUGAUGCAUUUACUACCAGUGAUUUUGAGGAUGACUGGGAAAACUUACUAGGUAAUGAACCUUUUGCUAUGCAAAAUAUCGACAUGCCUGAACUCUUCCCUUCUAAAACAGCCCAUGUUACUGAUCAAAAGGAAAUUUGUACCUUUAAUAGUAAAACUGUUAAAAAUACGUCAAGAGCAAAUACAAGUCCAGAUGCCAGGUUAGGAGAUUCAAAAGUAUUACAAGAUCUUUCUUCAAAGACAUAUGACAGAGAAUUAAUAGAUGCAGAAUAUAGAUUUUCACCAAAUCCAAAUAAAUCAAACAAAUUAUCAUCCACUGGAAAUAAAAUGAAAUUUGAGAACUCUUCCAAUAAAAUCGUUAUUCAAGACAAAAUUCAAGAUUGUAUAGUUACAUCUAAUCUGACAAAAAUAAAGGAAGAUAUUCUUACUAAAUCUACUGUAUAUGCUUCUGGAAGGAAGUCAGCUUUGAACACAAGAUAUUCUAAUGAACAGAAAAAUAAGUGCAUUUUAAAUCAGUCUAUUAAAGCCCCUGUUAAUACUGAUCUUUUUGGCUCUGCAAAUCUAGGCAGUGAAACCAUUGUUAGUAACCCAAAUCAGACUAGUGCAUCAAAAGUAGGUUCUUUCUUUGAUGAUUGGAAUGAUCCCUCAUUUGCCAAUGAAAUUAUUAAAGGAUGUCAUCAAUUAGAUAAUACCUGGGAAGCAGAUGAUGUAGAUGAUGAUUUGUUGUACCAAGCAUGUGAUGAUAUUGAAAGACUAACUCAGCAACAAGGCAUUAGAAAGAACAGUAAGACAUCAGAAAGUAUAUGUGAGAUCAAUAAUAAUUCCGAACAUGGAGCCAAAAACAUGUUUACUAUAUCUAAACAAGGAAGUCAUUUGGUACAAUCAAAGCAUUUGAAUCCAGGCAACAUUUCAGUGCAGACAUCUUUGACAAAUAGCUCACAAAUAGAUAAGCCAAUGAAGAUGGAGAAAGGGGAAAUGUAUGGAAAUUCUCCAAGAUUUUUAGGUGCCAGUAAUUUGUCUAAGUAUUCUAAGAUCUCAAACUGUCAGAUAAAUAAUCUGCAUGUGUCUUAUACUAACACUGAUGUUCCAAGACAAGUGAAUAGUUCCAAAUUGGUUCUUUCAGGAAGUUCAAGUUUGAAUGUAACUUCAGAUCACAUGAAUACAGAAAUUGCUACUUAUAAGAAGAAAUUGAGUACAAAGCAGCUAUGCCAUAAGACUAUAACAGAUGAAGCUCAGAGCAACCUUAACAAAACAGUUGGAUUUUCAAAGUUUACAUUUACAAGGAUGAAAAAUUCUCAGAUUCUUUCUCAGUUUAAUCAAAAUUGUAUAACUGGAAGUAUGUCUGAUACCAAAAUUACUCAGGGUGUGGAGAAAAAGAAAAGUGUCAACCCAUUACUGGAGGAAGCUGUUGGACAGCAAUCUUUGGUGAAACUUUCUGAAUCUUUGAAACAAUCUUCAAAAGAGGAAGAAGAGAAAAAUAGAAAGUGUUCUCCUGAAGAAAUUCAGAGAAAAAGACAAGAAGCGCUGGUUCGGAGAAUGGCUAAAGCACGAGCCUCAUCUGUAAAUGCGGCUCCCACUUCAUUUCUUUAAUGAAAUAUUAGUUGGAAGACUUCACGAAGACUGCUGAUAACUAUCUGUGAUAGGAAAUUUUUUUUUCUUGAUUUCUCUGUGAGAAAUGUAAUGCUGACUUUUAUAAAGCCUGGACGUCUACUUUAUUUAAUAAAUCAAUGUUUGCAAUGGUAAAUGAAACAUUUCCUUGGACACGUAUUUGAAAGUCAUUAUAUACAAGUUUUGGAAAUUCAGGAAAGUUAGCAAUUAUUUACAGAUAUCAUACAGAGGAAAGUAGUUAUAUUUUUAAAUGCUAUUAUUGCAGAGGAUCAUCGAAAAAGAGGUAAUCUACGUUAUUUCCUAUUCUAAUGUCUUUUCCUAAUACAAAACUUCAACUUUCUAAGUUAGUAGAGACUAUUUUUGUAGUUUUACUUUCAUUAACUGUUGCUUAAGGUUUUUAUACACUUCCAGAUUUUAAUUAAUACUUUCAUAUUUCUAGGAACAUGGUUGAUAUGAAAUAAAGGACUUUAUUUGUGAGGAAAU